AUGGCCACCGAGAACACCGAGGUCCCGCCUACUACCACCGCCGUCGAAAAGGAGUCGAAUGGUGCCAAUGGUGCCAAUGGUGUUCAUCCCCGUUAUCUCUAUCACCAUGACAUCUCGGGAAUCAACACUGGUUUUGCGGCUGCCACUGGCGGCUCGUUGAACCCAGGACUGUGGAAACCCUACGAGCACCGAAAAUUUGCCAACCCGGCUCCCCUUGGUCUCUGCGCUUUCGCUUUGACUACUUUCGUGCUCUCUUGCAUCAACACACAAACUCGUGGCGUCAAGGAGCCCAAUAUUGUUGUGCCUCUGGCCUUUGGUUAUGGUGGCCUUGUCCAGCUUCUCGCUGGCAUGUGGGAAAUUGCUUGUGGUAAUACCUUUGGUGCUACCGCUCUGUCUUCUUAUGGCGGUUUCUGGAUUUCCUAUGCCAUUCUGUUGACUCCUAACUGGGGAAUUACUGCCCCCACGGGACCCUAUGAAGGCGCAGUAUCAAGUCCAAUUGGCUUCUUCUUGACUGGCUGGUUCAUCUUUACCACUCUGCUGCUGAUUUGCACUCUCCGGUCGACUGUCAUGUUCUUCUCCCUCUUCUUCACCCUCGACCUGGCUUUCCUCUUCCUCGCCUGCGAGCAAUACGCGACUGAUAUGGGUAAUACCUCUGCCGCUCUUGCUCUUCAGAAGACUGGUGGUGUGUUCGGAUUCCUGGCCGCUUUCCUUGCUUGGUACUGUGCCUUGGCUGGUAUUCAAGACAGCAGCAACUCCUUCUUCCAGGUUCCCGUCUUCCAUUUCCCCUGGUCCGAGAAAGCUCGUGAGGAACGCCAGAAGACCGACCGUGAGCAGGCUUAA